GCUGCCAACGCAGAGAGGUCCUGGACCACCCUGCAGGAGAACCUAAAGAAAAACAAACGCUUCCGGAGGUUCGUGCAGCUUCAGGAAGGCCGCCCUGAGUUUGGGGGCCUUCAGCUCCAAGACCUGCUCCCUCUGCCUCUGCAGCGGCUCCAGCAGUAUGAGAAUCUCGUCGUUGCUUUGGCUGAAAACACAAGUCCCAACCACCCUGACCACCAACAGCUCACACGGGCUGCCCGGCUUAUAAGUGAGACUGCCCAGAGAGUCUACAUCAUUGGUCAGAAACAGAAGAACGAUCAGCACCUCCGGCGUGUCCAGGCUCUGCUCAGUGGACGCCAGGCAAAGGGGCUUACCUCAGGGCGGUGGUUCCUACGCCAGGGCUGGCUGUUGGUGGUGCCUCCCCGUGGGGAGCCUCAGCCCCGUAUGUUCUUCCUCUUCUCUGAUGUGCUUCUCAUGGCCAAGCCUCGACCUCCAUUGCACCUGCUGCAGAGUGGCACCUUUGUCUGCAGGGCCCUCUACCCCAUGGCCCAGUGUCAACUCCACAGGGUCUUUGGCCACUCAGGAGGCCCCUGUGGUGGAUUGCUCAGCCUGUCCUUCCCUCAUGAGAAGCUACUGCUUAUGUCCACAGACCAGGAGGAGCUGUCGCGCUGGUACCUCAGUCUGACUUCAGCUAUCAGGUAA